AUGAUUUCUUCAAUUCUUCAAUCAGUUACACACCAUACAGAAACGAAACCAAACAACUCGAUAUCAGCCCAUCAAAUAGCUACUACAUCAGUCUUUGCUUCUUUAUUUUCCUUAAAUCUACAGGUGCCAUUCGUAUCUCGACUUCUACAAGCACCAAACUCAAUUUCCUCAUUGACACGAGUUCAUUUGACCAAUGUGAGCACACAAGCGACAAUGGUGGGUCUUUAUACAUAA